GGACGUGAAUUUGUUUAAUUAUUUAUUACGUUUUAUAAUUAAAUUAAAUGCUAUUGUGGGGUUUCGAACAAAUCAUUAAAAUGUGUAGAAGUGGUGUACAUACUUUAUAUUGUAUAUAAGUGAUAGCAUUAAAGAAUACACAUUCAUUAUCGUAAUUGGAUAAGUGCUUUGUGAAGUAUUAUUUUACAAAAACAAAUAUUACAAAAACGUAAUAAUUAAACACAAUUUACAAUGGUGUCGCCAAACGUGAAAAGCGGUGUUCUGAUGGGAUGUGGCUCCGUCACCGUCGUGCUCGGUGCAAUUAUGGCCAUAUUCUGGCCACUGAUCUUCUCAACACAGCUGCAAAAGAUGAUGGUCGUCUCAAAAGACUCAAUGUCGUUCGAGAUUUGGCGGGAGACGCCCAUACCCAUGUACUUGGAGUUCCACUUCUUCAACAUCACGAAUGUUAACGAGCUGCUGGCUGGCAAGCGGGAACCUAUUAAGGUCGUGGAGAUGGGACCAUACGUGUACCGAGAGUCACAUGCCAAGGUGAAUUUAUCGUGGAACGACAACAGUACGCUGACGUUCUACAACCAGCGUUACUGGCACUUCGAGCCGGAGAUGUCCAACGGCACCCUCGAGGACAUGAUCACCAGUAUCAACCCUAUCGUCGUGACGAUACCAUACAUACUGCGCUACCAAGGCCGGUUUGUCAAAGAAGCUGUGAACUUCUUCGUCGGAGGCUUCCACAAGAACAUCUUCGUGACGGCCAACGUAUCCUCAUGGCUGUUCGAGGGUAUCAGCGAUCCUGUCCUGACGAUUGCAUCGCACUUCCCCAACCUGCCCUUGGACAUACCGUAUGAUAGGUUCGGAUGGUUCUACCAGCGCAACGGGUCCUUAGAAUUCGACGGGUCUUUCAACAUGAAUACCGGAGCUUCUGAUUUCUCCCGCCUAGGCAACAUUGAGCAGUGGCGCUUCUCCAACCGGACAGAUUAUAGGGAUGAGUGCGGAGUCGUAAAGGGCUCUACUGGUGAGCUCUGGGCUCCGGAGUUCGGACAACCAGAGGUCAAUGUCUUCGCUUCUGAUAUUUGCACAUACAUGACACUGACUAAAGAGAAGGAGGUGACAGUGGACGGCAUCACCGGCGUCCAGUACUCGGCCAACAACUCCGUGUUUGAUAACGGCCAUCAUUAUCCGCAUAUGGCGUGCUACUGCGAGGACAACGGCAUCCCGGCAGACUGCAUGCCGUCGGGCGCGCUCAACGUGUCGCAGUGCCGCUUCGGCGCGCCCGCCUUCGUGUCGCUGCCGCACUUCCUGCACUCCGACCCCUACUACCCCAGCAAGAUCGAGGGGCUCAAUGCCACUGAGGACAUGAACUUCCGCCUGGCGCUGGAGAUGUUCACGGGCAUGCCGCUGUCGGUGGCCGCGCAGCUGCAGAUCAACCUGCUCGUCAGACACGUGCCAUACUUCAACAUCAACAACGUGUUGUGGGACAGCGACGUGCUGGUCCCGAUGUUCUGGUUCCGGCAGGAGGUGGGCGUGACGCCCGAGUACGCGGCCCUGGCGCGCCAGGCGCUGCGCCUGCGCUACUGGGUGCCCUACGGACUGUACGCACUCACGGUAAUCGGCGUUUUUCUACUAAUGGGUGGUAUAUACAUAUUACUAAAUAAAAUAUUAAAAUCACCUGAAACCACGCCUAUACUAACACCAACAGAAUCCUCAUCACAGGAGUCUUAGUGACGAACUGGUACUUUAGUGCCAGCGAUACUAUUAGUGACAAGUGUACAUAGUUAUUUAUAUGUAUAUGCUAUAGUUUAGACGUCUCACCAUAGAGCUUUAAGUAAUAAGGCUGUAGAUGUCACUUGUUUUUAAGAUUUUGUCUCUUUUGUUCUUUGUAUAAUGUUAGAUGGAAAGAAAGAGAUAGAAUAUAAGCAACAUGAACUAUUCCUAUAAUAUUAACACUUAAUAUAGAUUCUAUAAGUAAAGUUGCCCUAUUAAGUAAUAUCUUAAGAGAAAACGAGUUGUUAAGCGAACUGAAACCUAAACUCAAUUAACAUAAGGUCCACUUUAACUCGUGUGUUUGGAUGUGUGCUGAGAUAUUGAAAGCUUAAUCAGUUCUAUAGCAGUAUUAUUUAAAGUCUAUGGUUGAUGAAAUCUAAAGAGAUCUAAAUGUGAACAAAAAUUUUGUAUCAUCAUGUAAAGCAAUCUUGUAUUAUUAUUCCAUUGCUGGCAAAUUUGGUGAUGUAAAUUGACUUAAAUAGCUUGUUACACAAAAUACGACCUUAACACUUAAUAUUUAAGAUACAUUUGAGAAGUCUAACCAAACUUGUAAACGGGUAUAUCUUUUUUAUACUGCAGAGCUUUUGUAUUUGUCAUUCAAUGGCGCGAAUUCUAUUUCUAUUUCAGAACUCUUCCCGACUCUUACUAACAUAUAAAAGAUGAGAAAGAUAGAAUAUACAAUUAGAAAUUUAUUUGCCAUGGUAACUGUUCCGCUCACCUAAUAAACAUUACAUGCGUAUACCUGUCCUUUUCUAAUACAAAUUUUCAUAAAGAGAUGGCAAUAGGAUUCAGUCCAUUGACUGUUUCGUUCUAAUGUUAAUAGUACCUUGUAUAUAAGUGAAGCAAUGGAUAUUUGCGUCUAUGUGGACCAAAGUUUCGUUAGUAAGAUGUAUGACUGUUGUAUUUUGUAUUUUUUUAAUAUUAUUAUGUCUAAAGUCAAUGGGGGCGUUGACUGUAUAUUAUGUAUAGAAAAAAUACUGUUUAAUUUCGUCAGGUACAUGAUAGAAAUAUUAGCUAUUUAGGUGCUUUGGAUAUGUAGCAACUAUUAUAGCAACGGGCCAGCCUUUUAUGUAUAUUUUAAAUCGACCGUGAACACAGAGCAUCUUGAGAUUGGAGUUCUUGUGAUCGUAAACCGUUUAUAGUUCCUACAUAUGCAGAGGACCGAAUUUGAGCUUUCAUAUUAUUUAUUUUCGGUUUCAAUUGAAACUAAGUAUGAGUCUAAUAUUUUAUUAAUCUACCUGACGGUAAAAUAAACUAAUUUGUCUACUAUCGCCUUCCAUAUUACAGCAGAGAUGAAGAGAAUUGAAUUAUUUGAUUAAAUUGAGCUUUAUGCCCUUUAGUUAAUGGCGAGUUUGCUGUGGCCACAUAUAAUAUUUCACUCUAAAGAAAUUUGAACCUUACGCCCUCGAGCUUAGGGUGAAUUUGCAAAAAAAUAUAGAACCCAGCUUCUCUUUACUCUGCCGUAAUAUGAAUUGACCGUUAGUACUAGUGUAUUGAGCUUCCUUUGUACAUCUUCCUAAAAUGCCAUUUAAAUCUUAGCAUAGCUCUUAUUUAACAAUAGUUAAAAAAAAAACAAAAAUUUGACUGCAUUCCAUUCGGCUUAGCGUAGGAUGUUUCAAACAACCAAUGGAAUCCCUUCAUUAAUUGAAGAUGUAAAUUUCACUUAACUGCAUUAGUCGUUACAGCUUGUAGCCUAAUCCUUAGAUUAACGCUUUUCACGUUUAAGUCUUUCCUUAAAAGUGCAAACUUAACGAUAACCAUGUCCUAAAUGAUUUCGGCGACGAUAGCUAGUCUCUCAAGACACCUGUCAGCUGCGGAACAGAAAAUAGUGCUCACGCGUGUACGGCAACACAACGACACUCCCUGUUCCCGCACUCACAUAGGCCUAUGUGUGCCUAUCUGAUACGAUGGGGGUAUAUCAAGUGUCGUAUGACGUGCCUUCCGAAACACGGAUAUUAUGAUAUUUAGGACUAAAAAGUCGUUGCGAGUCUUGAGGAUCAAACUUAACACUCAAGUUAUAAGUGCCUUGAAUUACGAACGGUAGUAAUACUAAAUUUGCAACAGCAGUAAUGCGAUAUAACUGCUAGAAUCUUAUUUGCUUUUUUACGAAUGUUAGUCAGCUUUUGAAAGCCUCAGCUUAAGAAAACAAGACUUUCACGAUUCAUAUUUUAAUUUGUCCAAACGUAGAGAAAUUGGUAUCUUAAUAUAUUCUAUGUGUAAAAAACAAAGAUGACUUCUAUUUUUCUUCUAUUUCUGUCGAACAACAAUAUAAAACAAUUAUUUUUUCGUACUAAAUUGUGCAACGGUCGACACGCUUGCCCUUCGCGUCAGCUUAUGAUUAAGGACUCCGGUUGGGUCCGAAACAAGUCGGGCUACCCCGAUAAAUACGCGUGAGUAAACCGUUGCAUCAUUUAGAUAAUAAUAUGAAUUACCCUCAAAUUUACUAAUAAAAAUAUAUUUUUACAUUUAGGAUUGGUUAUAAAACCCAUAGGUAUUUUUAUAAAUGGACAAGUAUACUGCGUUUAAUACGAACAAAGUGAUGUACCUUACAGUUUCCAGAGUUUUGUUUUUGUAUAAAGUGUGUUUUAUAUUAUAUUUUGUAAUAAAAGGAGCACAGGGUCCGCCAUGAUAAAUGCCUAUUAGAGAUGUUAACUAUUUUUGACCUCAGUUAGGUAAAUGUUUUAGGGUUCCUCACUCAUAGGGUAAAAAUGGAACCCUGUUACUAAGGCUUAGCUAUCCACCCGAUUGUCACCAGGCUGUAUCUCUUGUACCGUGAUAGCUUGGCAGACGACGGGUAAAGUCAUAAAUUUGAUGGGGAACAUUUUUUUUGUACGGAACCCUCAAUGUCCCAUGUCCGACUCGCACUUGAUCGGUCAGAACAUUAACGUCACAAAUUGCUACAAAAUGUAGCGCCGUAGAAACGUACCGAUCACCCACAACUUAAAUUCUUUAUCCAAAUGCUUUUUUUAAUCCAUAAAAAAUGAGAUUGCUCAUUAAUAUCUGUCAUCAUUGACAUAAAAAAAAGAAAGCGUUACGUGAUUGAUCGAGUCUUUGUUAAUUAAAUAAAUGAUUAUCACUAAUGAAGUGACUAGCUGAAACAAAAACCAGAUUUACUCUUGGUUAAAUUUUUAGAAUUUAGGUAUGACCUAGAUUUCUAGCUCACAUUUUAGGCCG